AUGGAGAAGAGAUUCAACAGGAACCUGUCAAACGAAAGCAGGGGAUCCUCAAAGAGCUUACAGAAGAUAAUUGCAGAGAGCAAGAGGCCUAGUACUCAUGUCCCUGACUUAACUGAUUUUAUGAAUGACAUGUUUUUCGGGACACCAAGUCCUGAUAAAAAAGCAUAUAAUCUGAAGGGAAUAAGCACGAAUUUAAUGGACGAUGAAGACGAUUUUGACUCGAGCACAAGGAGCGUUAGCAGCAGAUUAACUCAGGAGUGGCUGCAGGAGGCUAAGCAAAUGGUGGCUUCAUCUCCUGGUCGUGGAAGUGAGUCGCCCCCAGUUCUGAUUUUACAAAAUUUUACUAACAGGAAUAGAUCAGUGGUGGGCUUCAGUGAAGAAAUCCUCUCAAAAACAGCAAAACACAACCGCAACAAAUCAGAGCCGCUAAUUAAUCCUCCUUUAGCCGGCACAUCCCCUACAUCAAACGUUCAAGAUUGGUUCUCCAACAUCUUCAAACCUCCAAAUGAUGGGCCCACCGCCGGCACAACAGAGCCCACUUCUCCCAAACCCAACAAUGAGCAGCAGCAACCCCCACUCACCCUCCCACCCCGCCAAUCAAACAGUCGCAGGACGCGGUUCCAUACAAACUCCAAUGCACCUCAACCACAGUCUAUUCAUUCUCCCAAACGAACUUUCAAAAUUCCCGUCACCGGCUCAACGGACAGUGGAUCACACUGUUUAGACGACAAGCCACUUUCUCCACCAAAAAAUCUCAUCGAGUCUUCUCACCGGAGAUCGAUUUCGUCGACGACAUGCUCGGUCCUUUCGCCUCCAAGGAAUUUGGUAGAGUCGGUUCAUCGGAGGACCAUCUCCGCGUCCACCUGUUCGUUCGACAAAGUUUUGGGAAAGAACAUUAAUAAUGUGGACAGAGAUGAAGUGAAGGAGGAAGAUUUGAAGAGUCAUGAGUUGAAUCGAUUCUUAAAGGAUCAGAGAGACAAAAUUAACAGCAUUUUUAAUGGAGUCUCGAAAGGGAAAGCCAAGAUUGUGCUCUCUGGACCUUCCAACAGUACAAGCUCAAUGGUGGCAGCAAUUUGCUAUGCUUGGUUAUUAGAAAAUAGGAUGAGGGCUAAUGAGCAAGGAGGAGGAGAAGCAGAUGCAAAUACAAUAGAGGUGGUAGUUCCUGCAAUGAAUAUGACAAGAAGAAAAAUGUUGAAGGAGAGGCAAGCUGCAUGGCUUUUUCACCUUGUUGGUGUUGAUGCCAAAUCUCUGCUCUUCUCUGAUGAGGUUGAUUUGGAAACACUACUGUUGGGUAAGCAGCUAAGCAUCCUUGUAGUUGGGGAAGACAUACUCCAAACUAACGGAGAGGCUGUAUCAGGGUGCACUGUUCUUACAGACAAUUACUGCGAGGAUGCUUAUGACCUACUUCAGACGCCUAUCUUGAAAAAGCUUCUGCUUGCUGGCAUACUUUUAGACACACAAAACUUAAGUGCAUCUUCUAAGGUGUCGAUGACAAGAGAUGUAGAAGCAGUUCAGCUGCUUUCAGUUGGCUCCACCCCAAAUUACAGAAAUGCUUUUUUUGACCAAUUGAUGCUAGAACAGAAGGACGAUAGUUUCUUUGAAGCCAUGAGGCAGAGUUAUGGAAAUUCACCCAUAGAGAAUGGCCAUAAGUAUAGAACACAACAGAUCUUGGAGAGGAAUUCCAUUCCUCAAGAAAAUACACCAAGUUCAGGUAAAAUUUCUAAGGAUGUGAAGAACGGGAAGACAAAUAGAGCGUCACCAAACUCAGGAGGUAAACCUACAAUAUCACCUGUACAGGCUCCUGCAGCGUCACCAGCAAAACCAGGCGAUGCUUCUCGUGGCAAGAACAAGCCGUUCUUCUUAGCAAAGUGGUUUGGCUUUGGGAAGUGAGUUAUAAGAACUGUAAAAAUAUGAGUAAUUUCUAUCAUCCCAUUUAGUCAGUAAACUGCUAGGCUCAUGGAAAGUGAAUUUUGGAAUUUUUUGGAAAACCUACAAAAUUUGUACUGAAUUUUUUAAAUAUAUGAAGAGCAGUAUUUGGUAGUUGGUCUUAUUUAAUUAAUUUUUUAUGUGUAAACUGAACCCAG